AUGAACACCGCCAGGAGUCUUAUCGCAGCUGCGAGAACAGGUGUGAGGAGUACAAAAGCUGUUCCAAGACCUUGGACAAGACAAUUGGCUUUUCAAGCUAUCAACCCUCUCCAAACAUCCUCACAAAAUAUCAUAAGAUCCUACCAUGGAUCCGGCUCACGAAAUGCUACUCCGGCAUCAUUGGCAGAGGCUUCUAAUCCGGCAAUGGCAUUCCCUUGUCUAGAUGCUCUCGAAACCAAGUCUGCAACCUUAGAAGCUCGAUCCCUUUCGAGUGGCCCAGAACCAUCCUAUACUAGCGGAGUAACACUUAAAUUUCACUGCGACGAUCCUUUGUUGCUUGAUUGGGGGGGAGUCUUGCGAGAGUUCGACAUUGCUUAUGAAUCAUGGGGUGAAAUGAACGCAGACAAGUCGAAUGUCAUUUUACUGCACACUGGAUUGUCUGCAUCUUCACAUGCACAUUCAACAGAAGCGAAUCCUAAGCCAGGGUGGUGGGAAAAGUUUAUAGGUCCGGAUAAAAGCCUUGAUACGAACAAAUAUCAUGUCAUAUGCACGAAUGUUAUCGGGGGAUGUUAUGGUUCGACAGGACCCUCGACAAUCGACCCAGCAGACGGAAAACGAUAUGCGACGAGAUUCCCAAUCCUUACCAUGGAGGACAUGGUGCGGGCACAGUUUCGAUUACUCGAUGGAUUAGGAGUCACCAAACUGUAUGCGAGUGUUGGCUCGAGUAUGGGUGGUAUGCAAUCAUUGGCUGCUGGGGUCCUGUUUCCUGAACGAGUUGGUCGAGUGGCCAGUAUAUCUGGAUGUGCACGAAGCCACCCUUACAGCAUUGCAAUGCGCCAUACUCAACGGCAAGUGUUGAUGAUGGACAAGAAUUGGAAUCGAGGAUUUUACUACGAUCAUAUUCCCCCUCACGCAGGCAUGAAACUUGCGCGUGAAAUCGCAACUGUAACAUACCGUUCGGGGCCUGAAUGGGAGUUAAGAUUUGGUCGACGAAGAGCCGAUCCAAGCAAGCAACCUGCCUUGUGUCCAGACUUCCUUAUUGAGACUUAUCUAGAUCAUGCAGGGGAGAAAUUUUGUUUGGAGUACGAUCCAAAUAGUCUUUUAUAUGUUAGCAAAGCUAUGGAUCUCUUUGACCUCGGAGCGACAAAUCAACUGGCGGCUUCGUCACGAAGAGCAGAUCAUUUAGCACGUAAGGGAACUGGGGCUGAAUCUGAAUCUUCUCUCGGAGAUGCAGCAUGCAGCCUGACUCUUCCAGAUAGCCCAUACCAGGAACAACCAGAAGCAAAUGGGACAACAGAUAUCAACACACCCAUUGAGCCAUCUUCAGGCCCCCCUGCGGACUUGGUAUCUGGGAUGAAAGCCAUGAAAGAUCAUCCUACUCUAGUUAUGGGUAUUUCUAGCGAUAUCUUGUUCCCUGCAUGGCAGCAAAGAGAAAUUGCUGAUACGCUGAGGAAGGCAGGGAAUACCAAAACUAAGUACUGGAAACCCUUUUCAGCACCAAUCGUGGAUCUACAAUCGAGAACCGGACUCUUAGAAGACACCUUUCAUUCAGACUCGGACUCAGACGUCAAUUCUGAAUAUCAAGACGAGGGCCAGGAUCGAUUAGAAUUCGAUAGAGAAAGAUUCGGGAAAGACAACAUGAGUUCUAAAAUGGGAGACAAUGUUAAAGUUGCCGGAGUAGAGACCAAUGUCAAUGCUUUGGAAGGGGACAGACAUACAAAAUCCAGCGAUGGCGCUCAGGGCAGUGGAAGCUUUGGUAUGGCCAGCGAUAGAGCCGCGGGAAAUCAAGUCAACGGAGAGAUUUUGGAACAUGCCAUUGAAAACUUGGAGACCAAAAAUAAAAAGUGGUGGGCUUAUUUGCUCACAAGAGACUUUUGGAUUAUCUUACUCCUUGGACAAAUUCUCUCCCUUUGUAUCACGGCCACCAAUACAUUCACUACACUCCUUGCGAAUAAGGGAACCUCGAUCCCAGCCUUUCAGACUCUCUUUAACUACAUCGUGUUGUGCGCUAUCUACACGACUUACACCAUCUACAAGUAUGGAUGGAGAGAUUUUCUCAAGCUUCUCUGGGUAGAUGGCUGGAAGUAUGUCAUCUUGUCUUUCAUGGAUGUCGAGGGAAAUUAUUUCACUGUUUUGGCUUAUCGAUGGACUAAUGUCCUCAGCGCUCAACUCAUUAACUUCUGGUCCAUCGUUUGCGUUGUAAUCGUCUCGUUCAUUUUCCUCGGUGUUCGAUACAAGUGGCUCCAAGUUAUUUCCAUUCUCGUUUGCUGUGGUGGUAUGGGUAUUCUCCUUGCAUCUGAUCAUAUCACUGGUUCAAAUGGAGGCAAUCCACCUACCAUGUUGAAGGGUGAUCUUUUUGCAUUAGCAGGCGCAACCCUCUAUGGUCUCUCAAACGUUUUUGAAGAAUGGUUCGUUUCCAAACGUCCUAUGUACGAAGUCCUAGGCAUGCUUGGUCUCUUCGGUAUCAUCAUCAACGGUAUCACGGCUGCCAUAUUUGAUCGUCACUCUUUCCAAACCGCCGUCUGGGACGGCCAAGUCGGAGGUUAUAUUGUUGGAUAUACUCUCGCCCUUACACUUUUCUACACCCUCGCUCCUAUUAUCCUACGAAUGGCAUCUGCGGCAUUCUUUGAUAUCUCUCUCCUCACGGCCAAUUUCUGGGGUGUGGUUAUCGGUAUCAACGUUUUCGGAUACACCAUCUACUAUUUGUAUCCAAUUGCAUUUGUGUUGAUUAUCCUCGGAUUGUUCGUCUAUUUCCUUUCGGGAAGCAUGUUGGGAGAUGCGGUCAAACCGUGGUUAGGCAAGGAUCAACAGGCUGGUGUUGCGGGUGUAGGAACAGCAAAGUUAAAGGCUAUUAAUGAAGCGAAGAGAGAGGGUCUGCUUAAUUCUGGACAGGGAAUGGCUUGA